AGCUUCUAGGAGGUGCCGACCCAGCCGACCUGCAGAGAUGGAGGCAGCCAGCACCUGGGCGCUGCUGCUGGCUCUGCUGCUGCUGCUGCUGCUGGCUCUGACGUUGCCCAGGACCCCAGCCCGAGGCCACCUCCCCCCGGGGCCCACGCCGCUGCCGUUGCUGGGGAACCUCCUGCAGCUGCGUCCUGGGGCGCUGUACUCGGGACUCUUGCGGCUAAGUAAGAAGUAUGGGCCUGUGUUCACGGUAUAUCUGGGCCCCUGGCGCCGCGUGGUGGUCCUGGUUGGACAUGAUGCUGUACGAGAAGCCUUGGGAGGUCAGGCUGAGGAAUUCAGCGGGCGUGGAACGUUGGCAACGCUGGACAAGACCUUUGAUGGUCACGGAGUUUUCUUUGCCAAUGGGGAGCGGUGGAAACAGCUGAGAAAAUUCACCUUACUUGCUCUACGGGACCUGGGCAUGGGCAAGCGAGAAGGCGAGGAGCUGAUCCAGGCAGAGGUGCAGAAUCUGGUGGAGGCGUUCCAGAAGACAGAAGGACAUCCAUUCAACCCUUCCAUGCUGCUGGCCCAGGCCACCUCUAAUGUCGUCUGUUCCCUCAUCUUUGGCAUCCGUUUGCCUUAUGAAGAUAAAGAGUUCCAGGCUGUGGUCCAGGCAGCAAGUGGUACCUUGUUGGGGAUCAGCUCUCCGUGGGGCCAGGCCUACGAGAUGUUCUCCUGGCUACUGCAGCCCCUGCCAGGUCCACACACACAGCUCCAGCAUCAUUUGAGAACCCUGGCUGCCUUCACUAUCCAGCAGGUACAGAAACACCAGGGACGCUUCCACACCUCAGGUCCUGCAUGUGACAUCGUUGACGCCUUCCUACUAAAGAUGGCACAGGAGAAACAAGACCCAGGUACAGAAUUCACUGAGAAGAACUUGCUGAUGACGGUCACAUACCUGCUGUUUGCUGGGACGAUGACCAUCGGUGCCACCAUCCGCUAUGCCCUCCUGCUCCUACUGAGAUACCCUCAAGUCCAACAGCGUGUUCGGGAGGAGCUGAUCCAGGAGCUGGGUCCAGGCAGGGCUCCGAGUCUCAGUGAUCGAGUUCGCCUGCCUUACACAGAUGCUGUUUUACAUGAAGCACAGCGGCUCUUGGCACUGGUACCCAUGGGAAUGCCCCACACCAUCACGAGGACCACUUGCUUCCGAGGAUAUACUCUGCCCAAGGGCACUGAGGUCUUUCCUCUGAUUGGCUCCGUACUGCAUGACCCUGCGGUUUUCCAGAACCCAGGAGAGUUCCAUCCAGACCGCUUCCUGGACGUCGAUGGUCGGUUGAGAAAACAUGAAGCCUUCCUGCCCUACUCCUUAGGUAAGCGAGUCUGCCUGGGAGAAGGCCUGGCUCGGGCGGAACUGUGGCUCUUCUUCACUGCCAUUGUGCAAGCCUUCUCCCUGGACACCCCCUGCCCACCGGGUGACCUGAGUCUGAAGCCAACCAUCAGUGGACUUUUCAACAUCCCCCCAGACUUCCAGCUGCAAGUCAGGCCCACUGGCGACCAGUCCAGAUGAAGGAAGGAAUUUGGAAGGUGGGAGCCAUCUGGGACGAAACAGCCUCAAGGGUGUGUGUGAAGCAGGUGUCUCAGAAGCUAGGACACACCACACACCACGUGGAGACCAGGGACCACACCCCUACUACACAACUGCACAGCAUCUGAUGCAUAUGCUUUUUUUUUUUUUUUUUUUUUUUUUUUUUUGAGAGGGCUAUCUGUAACAGGAUCUUGCCAUGGGGUGACACAAGCUGAUCUCAAACUUGUGAUCCUCCUGCCUCAGCAUCCUGUGCGCUGGAAUUACAGAUAUGUACCACCAUGAGGUGCAUAGGCUUUCAGCUUUCAUAAAUGUAAUAUAGGCCAUUUGGAAUUCCAAGCAUAUAGCUAGAUACCCCACUGUCCACCACACAACUCUGUAUGCUCACAACCCUCAUCCAGCUACUGCCUACACAGACAACCCAACCGCGUUCAGGACUCUUACUCUCCGUAUCUAACCACUGUUGCUGGGUCCCCGCCAUAGAAAACAGCAUGCCCCAGCUGGGGUCAUGUCACAGCCAGAAAGAUGUUCCUGUCUACUCCCAUGGAUGACCUCACCACCAUCCAGGCACAUGAGUGGCUCCAUCUAUGGCCACCAGCCAGUAAUCCACAUAGCCAAACCAUACAUGACAAUAUCUUGGCCCUUCCAAACUUCUGCCCACUGAGACACACCGUGACAGCAAACUGUUACUCCCCAGACACCUCCACACCCUUGCCUCUCAAACAUGUUCCUCCCAACUAAUUUUCCCAAAUAUACAUGUUUCCUGGCCUGGAAUUGUGCACGUAGACCUUGUACAAAUGAGGACCACCGACCCAAGGAAAAAACUUUCCCAGUCAUGUCUUAUAUAAUCAUGUUAUCAGGGGCCUGCUCUCAAAUACACUCUGAUCUCAGGCUGCCUAUAAGGCCUCCCUCAUCAGAGUGCUGGAAAUGUAUCCUUCCCCUGGAAGGACUAACUGGCCAAACAGAGAUGGUGCAGGGGAGUGCUCCUGGCUGUUUCCAGUCCUCCUUAUCAGGACAGAAGCCAUAGCUGACCUCUUUGUGACUUGAAGGUCCCCACUUUGAAAUAAAAGUUUGUUUCUGGCC